CAGCAUGUCGUUGUGUCCCCGGGCAAGACACUUCACCCCAAAUUGCUCCUGUGGGGAUUGCCCACAGUAUUGUGUAUGUAAGUCGCUGUGGAUAAAGGCAUCUAACAAGGAACAUGUAAUGUUUUGUCAUCUGCCAUGUACGGUUACGGUGUCAAUGUCUCUCAGCCACCGUAGUGUCGUGUCAGGUGGGCGUGUCGUGUACUUGCUGCGCCGGUCGCCGGUGCGUUUACAAGCCACCGCCAACCGGAAUUCCAACAGUAGAAGAAGAAGUACAUUUCCCCCCGUGUUGUUAAAAUGCUAGCUGCAUGUUUUUGACGAGCAUUAGACUAGCAAUACCAUGAUUUAGUUUAAGAAACACUUUAACUUAUAUCGCGUUUCAUAUAUGAAGGAGUCGUUAUACGCUGUCCAGUAAAUUGGCUAAUAUCUCUGAACAGCUAGCUAGAAAAUCCUUUUGUCAACAUUAGUUCCUAUGCUAACGCUAGCUGCUGAGGUUCAUAUGCGAGUGUGUCACUGAGUGUGUCUGCUUUUGUCAGACUGGAGGAUGAAGGUAAAGAUCCGACAGUGGAACGGUGUGGCCUCUUGGUUGUGGGUGGCUAAUGAUGAAAACUGCGGGAUCUGCCGGAUGCCCUUCAAUGGCUGCUGCCCAGACUGUAAAGUGCCUGGAGAUGACUGCCCGCUGGUCUGGGGUCAGUGCUCGCACUGUUUCCACAUGCACUGCAUCUUGAAAUGGCUGAACUCGCAGCAGGUCCAGCAGCAGUGCCCCAUGUGCCGGCAGGAGUGGAAGUUCAAAGAAUGAACCCGAGGUGCCGGAGAGAGGGAAGAGAGGGACUCCCUCACAGAGGAGGACAUUUUUAUAUCAGCUGUAAAUAACUACGUUUUUAAAGUCCUUCAUCUAACGUUAUGCAAAGGACACAUGGAACCUAUUGUGCUCUGCUGACAGAUUUAAGUAUGUGAUUAAAUACAAAUACAAACCCUA